AUGAACUCUCGCGAGCAGUCUGACAUGCCUCCGGCGCCUUCUUAUCCGUCCCCAAACGGUGCGCAGAUGGCCCAGGGCGCCAUGCCGUAUUACAACAACCGCCAGAUGACCACCGACGAAUUGCUGUCUGCUGAACUGUCACGCGAGGCUUCGAACCCCGGCCUAGGAGAAGCAAACAAUGGCGUUCAUCAUGGCCAGUCUAUGGUCUUGGGCUCCAACAAUGCUGGCGACAUGGGCCGUACGUCCUCGGAGGAUCAACACCAACACCAGCACAUGCUGCAGUUCCCCCCGAGUCAACAAGUAGGAGUUGAUCCCAACCAUGACCUGAGCUAUGGCGAACAAAGCGCGCGCAAGCGAUCGAAGAUCUCAAGGGCUUGCGACGAAUGUCGGCGAAAGAAGGUUCGCUGCGAUGCCAGCUCCGAAACCGGCCUUGAAACCUGUUCCAACUGUCAGCGCCUCGGCGCCGUUUGUCAAUUCAGUCGUGUUCCGAUGAAACGCGGCCCCAGCAAAGGCUACAUCAAGGAACUUGCCGAGAGGCUUCAUACCCUUGAGAACCAGAUGCAGCCCGGAAUCGUCCAGCCUGACGUGCCGUACCAAUCGAUGAGCGAAGUGUCGCUACCAAGAGGAUACCAGGAUUUCGCAUCGCCGGUCGAAUCAAACCCUGGCAAUCGCAAGAGAACCUUCUCAGCCUUCGAGGGUCUUCCCAGCUCUUCCUUCGCCCAGCCAUCCUUCAAUGCUCGAGUAUCGCAAAAUGCAUUCGACACGAACGAGACAGCAGCGGAUCCGUACAACCCCAAUGUCGUGAACGGUGGUGCAGCAAAGCCUGGCAACCUGUUUUGGAAUCUUUCCGGCAGUGAAAAUGAUUUGCCAAGCGGUCUUGAGAUGAAUGAUUUGCCGAAGCAUGAGGGCGACGACGACAUGACUCCAAUGACCUUGGACGAGGGAGCUCUCGAUGCUUACUACCACAAGAUUCACACUCUGCUCCCGAUUCUGCCUCAUACCAAAGAGCGAACCUUGGAGCUUUUGCACCAAUGUAAUCGCGAAGCACAAGAGAUUUUCUGUUACGCCUUGUACAGUGUCACUCGGACUGAUCUUACCCGUGUUGCAUCCAACUUCGAGAAAAUCAGUAGCUUCGACAAUGCACAAGACUUGCUUUUGUUCCACACUCGCCAGCCCUUGAUGGUCUAUUCGACUCCCGUCAACCUGAUCUGGCUCCAGUCUCUUCUGCUCAUGAUCGUUGACUGCGACACUCGUGGCCCCGAUAACUUUGUGCUCAAGGAUGGUGUCCCCAAAGGAACUCUGGUCCAAUCAGCCAACAAGCUGGGAUACGACUUGGCCAAAAGUCAAGGCCAGCUUAAGAACAAACGUGCCGCAGACCAUGACGUGGACUCACACGCGAAUCUCACUAGACGCAAUUGGGUUUCCUUGGUUAUCCUGGCUCGGUGGUACGCCAUCAGUGUCGCAGAUGCCACCGUUCUGGGAGGCCACGAGAUCGGCGGCCGAGAAGACGAAAGAGUUGUCGGUCAAAUUACAACCGGAAUUGCCUCAUACUCAACAUUCCUCUCAGAGAUGGUCACACUGGCCAAUGUCGAUCACAAUGUUUGCCAGACCAAUACGGGCCUCGGACGCAUCAUCGGAGCGAACCUGGUAUCCUCGCUGGAACGUCUCGCUGAGAUGGAAGACAUUUUCCAGAUUCACGAGCUACCGGAAAACACGUCAACCCGUCCACUCUACGAGAGCCUCCAGGGUCAACUUUACUGGACGGUGCGACUUCUCAUCAAACGCCAUGUCUUCGUUUACAGCCCGUACGAGAUUAUCUUCUGCGCAUCAGAAGUCGUGAACGAGAUGUACAAGUCAGCAAUGCAGAACCGACUCCCAUCACCCUUUGAUCUUCACAGUCUAGCUCUCGCUUCGAUGACCCUCCUCGAGGCUACCGUCCUUCCAGAACACGCCAACGAAUGCUGGGCCGCCCUAGAGAAGGUCGAAAAAGUCCUCGACGCUCGUUCCAAGCGUACGUCCGAAGGCGCGGAAUUCGACAACAUCUUCUGUACUCCAGAGUGGGACUCCAAAAUCCGCAUCUUCAUCGAGUGGCGCCGCAUCAAGUCCCAGGAAAGCCAACUCCAGGAAGCCGACCUCGGCACUCUUGCCAAGUCCCAACAACCCGUCAUGGGGCCCAAUGAGCAGCGCUCUCUCCAGCAUCUUGCCGAUCUUGCUGUUGGCGCUGAAGGCUCUGUCGGUCAGAACGUGCCGUCUACGCCUCCACCGGGACUUUCACACGACCAGGGUGAAGCAUCGCCGAACCUUAACCCACAGCUGGCGCAUUCGCAAAACGGGUCUGGCCGUGUAGUUGUGGACUUCACCAUGCUCACCAAGGAGGGCUACUUGAACGUCUUCUCUGGCUUGAUCUAUCGCCGAACUCGUUGA